ACUACCAGCGGUUGAUGACAGUGGCAGAGGGCAUCACCACCCUCCUAUUUCCCUUCCAGUGGCAGCACGUCUAUGUUCCCAUCCUGCCAGCCUCCCUCCUUCAUUUCCUAGAUGCACCUGUUCCCUACCUGAUGGGCCUGCAGUCCAAAGAGGGCACUGACCGCUCCAAACUUGAGCUUCCUCAGGAGGCCAACCUGUGUUUUGUGGAUAUUGACAACCACUCCAUCGAGCUUCCAGAGGACUUCCCUCAGUUCCCAAAUAAGACCGAAUUCAUCCAGGAGCUCACUGAGGUGUUAUUAAGCUUUGGCUUCUCUGCCAACACUGGCGCCCCGCCCCGGACCCGCUCCAGUCCUGGCAGCACCUCGUCCACCCCAGGAAGGGAACGCAAAUCCGCCACCCUUCGACAGCUAGAGGACGAUGGACGUAAUGGCAAUCUGGCAGGAGAGGAGUUAGUGGUGCUGGAGCUGCUGCAGGGAAAUGCUACGCUGGAGAGACUGCAGGCACUGACUAAACGCACUGGGGUGACUGUGGCACGUGUGGAAGCCCUGAGGGCUGGAGUCAAAGGUCAGCCCACCGACGGAGGAAACCAAACAGCAGGUGAAGAAGAGGAGCUAAGGAACGCCAAACUGAACGUUCAGCUGAGGGAGGUGUUCGCCAGCCGCUUCACUACCAUGUUUGCAGACUAUGAAUCAUUUGUUAUCCAGAGCGCUCCUGAUCUGGAGUCCUGGCUCACCAACAGGGAGCAGAUGCACAACUUUGACAAGGCUUCAUUCCUGUCAGACCAGCCAGAGCCCUACCUUCCCUUUCUGUCUCACUUCAUCGAGACACAGAUGUUUGCCACCUUCAUCGACAACAAGAUCAUGUCUCAGUGGGAGGAGAAGGAGCCUAUGCUCCAUGUCUUUGACACUCGUAUUGACAAGGCACGCCUCUAUAAUAUCCGUGCUCCCAGUCUCCGGUCGUCCUGCUACCAGAGGUGCUCCAUCCUCAAAGAGUCUG